CUUCUUCACAUGUGUGUUUGGUUUGGAAAUUUUCCAAGAGAUAUUUUAGGUUUUUUUUUUUUUGGUCAAUGAUAUUUGACGUAAGUUACAUUGGGAUUUAUAUGGUGUUGAGAUCCCUCCUUUAUAAUGUUUUGUUUCUUUUGACUAAAAAAUAAAUAAAAUUCCCUCUGUUUGAAAAGUGCUGCUUUAUGGUCAAAAUUCGUCAAGGUAAAUUCAGAAGACACGUGGCUGAAAUCUGCAGACUCUCAUCAAUUUCCAAAACCUUCUGUUUCCUUGGUCUCUUCCUUCUCUGACAAGUCUCCACUCCUUUUCGUAGGCUUUCGCGAAGCAUUUUUAUUCACCACUUUAUCUCAUGGAUGAUCGUACUGACCCAGACGACCUCGACACCAUUCUCUCCGAGCAACGCAGAGACCUUAUGGCCGCCAAAACCCUAGACUCCGACCUGGACAUGGCCUUCAAGCUCCAAAUGCAGGAGGCCAUGGCCGCCUCUCUCGCUCUCAAUCCCUCGUUGGCCUCGGGUUCGAGUUCGCGCAACUCUCCGCCUCCUUCGCCGCCUCACGACGCCUUGAACGACGCCAUUUUAGACCUCGCCGCCGCGCUUAUGCUCGAGGACGUCGAGCGAUUCGCGCAGGAGUGGGAGGACCACGAGCGCACCGUUUCGGAGAUGAUGAAGAUGAAGGAAGAUCUCAACCGUCGAAUUCACGAUCAGAAGUUCGCCGCCGACCUCCGCGACGUGCCUGAGGACUACUGGGACAAGCACGGCGACUAUUACGAGCGUCCGUACUGUGCGGACGAAUCGUCUUCGUCAUCGUCGACUAAAGCUGCAGCGGUGGAGACUGAGAAUUUGAGGUUGUAUUGCAAAGGUUUGGUGAGCGAGGAGAGGGUUAGGGAUAUGAAGGUGGUGGUGGCUGGGGUUGGUAUCGCGAUUUGUGACCCGAGAGACAAUCUGAUAUUCGAGGCGAGGAAGAAUCUGGAGGCGGUGGUUGAUGGUGUGGUGCUGAGCAAUGAGGCUUCGGAGCUUGAGGCCAUCAUUGAGGGGCUUAACAAAGCUCUCACCAUGGACUUGAAAUCUGUGACCUUUUACUGUGAUGACUACAUGCUUUACCAAUAUGUCACAAACAGAGUGCGUCCUGGAAACAGCAAGGUUGCAACAUUAGUCAAUCAAGUGGCUCUUCUACAAAGAAAAUUUGAAUAUUGCAGCCCUUCUCUUGUAGCACAUACUGACAUUAAGUUUGCACUUAAAGUUGCAAGAGAGGCUAUAGUUUCUCAGAUCACCUGGCGUGCAGACUCUAGCAAUGGAAAGAGUUUGAAGGAGACUUGUGUAAUUUGCUUUGAAGAAACUGAUGUUGCAGAAAUUUUUUCAAUCGAUGGCUGUCUACACAGGUAUUGCUGUUCUUGUAUGAAACAGCAUGUGGAAGUAAAGUUUCUUAAUGGGAUGGGGGCAGAGUGCCCUCAUGAAGGCUGUAAAAAUGAGGUGAAUAUUGAUAGCUGUGCAGAAUUCUUGGCACCUAAACUAGUUGAGGCCAUAAGCCAAAGAAUCAAGGAAUUUUCUAUUCCGGUUACAGACAAAGUUUAUUGCCCAAAUCCCAGGUGUUCUGCAUUAAUGUCUAAAAAGGAGGUCUUAGAAUAUACCAAAACUACUUUUGUCCAUGCUGAGCAAACUGGAGCCAGGAGAUGCAUGAAAUGUCAUUACUAUUUUUGUAUCAAUUGCAAGGUCCCUUGGCACUUCAAUAUGACCUGCUAUGAUUAUAAAAGAUCACAUCCCUAUCCCCACCCAGAAGACCAAUUGCUCAACUCGCUGGCUACAAAGAAACUCUGGCGUCAGUGCGUAAAGUGCAGCCAUAUGGUUGAACUUGCCGAAGGUUGUUAUCACAUAACUUGCAGAUGUGGUUAUGAGUUUUGUUAUACUUGUGGAGCUGAGUGGAAGAACAAGAAAGCAACAUGUUCCUGCCGAAUCUGGGAUGAGCGUAACAUUAUACGCGAACAGCCACAACAAGCACAGCCCAUUAUACGCGAACAGCCAUGACAGGCACAGCCCAUUAUACGCGAACAGCCACGACAGGCACAGCCCAUUAUACGCGAACAGUCACGACAAGUACGACGAUGACAAUGAUCGGGAUUACCAAGACUCUUGUUAGACUACAACUAAAGAUUUAGGCUAUUAGUGUGAUCUUUUGCGUUUUGCUUUCCUUUGUUUUCUUUGUUAUGAAAAAAAAGGUGAAGGGUGUUUAAGGACCACAAUGUCAGAUGCUAAGCUAAAAUAUUGCCCAGCUUUUUGUUAACUUUUGGCACAUUAGUUUUGCAUUCCUCUUAUAUUUUUCAAGGGUAUCCCCCUUGACACCA